AGGUCGCUGCGAGCCUGAGGGAGAGGGACACCUGCCGUCAGCCUGAGCUGAGCUGAGCGGGCUGCCCGGGGCUGACGUGCGCGAACUGCGGAUCUUUGUGGUUUUGCUUUCAAGGAUGGCGCAAAAGAAAUAUCUUCAAGCAAAAUUGACCCAGUUUCUAAGGGAAGACAGAAUUCAACUUUGGAAACCACCAUAUACUAAUGAAAAUAAAGAAGUUGGUUUGGCUUUGAAGGACCUUGCUAAGAAGUACUCUGACCGAUUAGAGUGCUGUGAAAAUGAAGUGGAAAACAUAAUAGAAGAAAUCCGUUGCAAAGCCAUUGAGCGUGGCACAGGAAAUGAACACUACCGAACAACCGGGAUUGCCACAAUUGAGGUGUUUCUGCCUCCAAGACUCAGGAAAGACAAGAAAAGCUUGUUGGAGACCCACUUGCAUGUCACUGGUAGAGACCUGAGAUCUAAAAUAGCUGAAACUUUUGGAUUUCAAGAAAAUUACAUCAAGAUCGUAAUAAAUAAGAAACAACUUCAACUAGGGAAAAGCCUUGAAGAACAAGGAGUGACUCACAAUGUAAAGGCCAUGGUGCUAGAACUGAAACAGUCUGAAGAGGAUGUGAGGAAAAACUUCCAGGUAGAGGAAGAGGAACAGAAUGAGGCGGAACUAAAGGAGAAACGCAUUCAGAGGACCAAAAGGGGACUGGAGAUUCUGGCAGAGAGAGCUGAGAUGGUAGAUCCGGAAACCAUGCCUUACUUAGACAUUGCAAACCAGACAGGCAGGUCAAUCAGAAUUCCUCCUGCCGAAAGGAAAGCCCUUAUGUUAGCUAUGGGAUACCAUGAGAAGGGCAGAGCUUUCCUGAAGAGGAAAGAGUAUGGAAUAGCCUUGCCGUGCCUUCUGGAUGCUGACAGGUAUUUCUGUGAGUGCAAAGAGCUGCUGGACACUGUGGACAACUACGCGGUUCUCCAGCUGGACAUUGUGUGGUGCUACUUCCGCCUGGAACAACUGGAGUGCCUGGACGAUGCAGAGAAGAAGCUGAACUUGGCCCAGAAGUGCUUUAAAAACUGUUAUGGAGAAAAUCACCAGAGACUGGUCCACAUAAAAGGGAAUUGUGGGAAAGAAAAAGUGUUGUUUUUAAGACUCUACCUGCUUCAGGGGAUUCGGAACUAUCAUAGUGGAAAUGGAGAGGAGGCUCGAGAAUAUCUCAACAAGGCGCGCCAGCUCUUUAAAGAGCUGUACAUUGAUCCAUCAAAAGUUCACAACUUGCUGCAGUUGGGGUUCACUGCCCAGGAAGCUCGGCUCGGCCUGCGGGCUUGUGAUGGAAACGUGGACCAUGCAGCCAUUCAUAUUUCCAACCGCAGAGAGGAACUGGCCCAAAUAAGGAAGGAGGAGAAGGAGAAGAGGAGACGCCGCCUAGAAAAUAUCAAGUCUUUGAAAGGAAUGGGCUACUCCACACAUGCUGCCAAACAGGCCCUUCACCAGGCCAGAGGCAACCUGGACGAUGCCCUGAAGAUUCUCCUCAGUAACCCCCACAUGUGGUGGUUACAGGACUCAGACUCUGAAAACAGCAGCCAUCAAGCAAGUCCUUCCCAGGAAAGCAUUGAUCAACUGGUGUACAUGGGUUUUGACACAGUGGUGGCUGAAGCGGCGCUAAGGGUAUUUGGAGGCAAUGUCCAGGUUGCAGCUCAGACCCUUGCGCACCAUGGAGGAAGCCUUCCUCCAGACCUGCAGUUCUCAGGAGAGGACUCCUCCUCCACAGCGUCCACAUCCCCGUCUGACUCUGCAGGGACCUCUAGUGCCUCCACAGAUGAAGACAUGGAGACAGAGGCUGUCAACGAAAUCCUGGAGGACAUUCCAGAGCAUGAGGAGGACUACCUGGACUCAACUCUGGAGGACGAAGAAGUCAUUAUUGCCGAGUACUUGUCCUAUGUGGAAAGUGUAAGGUCUGCUGCAAAGAACAACUGAACCGAAAUGAGUGCUACGUUUCUGCCUAUAAAUCUGUCGUUGUGAAUGGUC